AAAAAAAUCCGUGUUCAAAUGAUAUAAUUUUAAAAAUGUACAUGAAUGUAUAGAAAUUCCCCGAAGUUGGAUUUAUUCUAACAAGAUCUUGAUCACUAAUAUUUUCUGAUAUGUGACGUUUUUAUACAAAUUUUAACAACUUUUUGACUUGCUAAUUGAGUAUUAAACAUGGAUCAACGGUAUUAAAAAAAUAUUCUAUUUGUGCCUUCAAGAAUAUAAAAUGGAAAUCAACCAGUGUGAUUCUUUUUCAUAUCAUCCAUAUGACUUUAUUGGAAUAACAAAAGAUUUGCCUCACCUGAUUUUUAAUCCAGGUGUAGAGUCAUCUUACAUUUAUCACACUGUUCAGCCAGAAAACUGCCUUUAUCAAUCAGUUAAUCAUAUUAACCAAUUUGAGCAAGCUCCGCGAAAGUUAACAGCAAGUAAUAUGAACAGAUAUUUAAAAGAGAGAGAUCAUUACAUUGUGACAAUUUUGCAUGCAAAAGUUGCACAAAAAUCAUAUGGUAAUGAGAAAAGGUUUUUUUGCCCACCACCAUGUGUAUAUUUGAGUGGAAAAGGUUGGAAAAAGCGUAAGGAGGAGAAAGGUGAAAGCUGCCAAUUAUAUCCAUUUGUUUUUACCAAUAUUGGAUCGCCAGAUCAACCAGGUUUUCAACAAUAUGAUAUCAAUGAAAAAGAAAAUAUUGCAUUCUGUUCUGCAAAAUCAAUGUAUAUAUCUGAUGUAGAUAAGCGUAAAAAUUUUAUAAUACACUCUCAGCUUAUAUUUCAAGAUGGAAAAAACUUGGGUAUUUUUGAUUCAAAAAGAAUUAAGGUUAUAUCAAAACCUUCAAAAAAAAAACAGUCAUCUAAAAAUACUGAAUUAUGUAUAUCUUCAAAUUCAAAUGUUGCAUUAUUUAAUCGUUUGCGUUCGCAAACUGUAAGUACACGCUACCUCCAUGUUGAAAAUGACAAUUUUAUUGCAAGUAGUUUGCAAUGGGGUUUUUUGUCAAUUCAUUUAUGUAAUGAUAAUGAACCUGAUGGAGAAGAAGUUACUGUUAAUGAAGGCAUUGUGCAUUAUGGACAAACAGUCAAACUAGUUUUUGUGAAAACUAAUCUUGCUACCCCAAUGAUGAUUAUACGUAAAGUUGACAAACAAACUGUUGUUCUUGAUGCUGAUGAUCCUGUUUCACAAUUACACAAGGUUGCAUUUUAUGUAAAAGGUACCAAUCGAAGUUAUUUGAGUAUAAAUCAAGAAAAAGUUAUAAUGUUUCAGGCAUCUCCGUGUUCCAAAGACCCAAAAAGAGAUGUCAUAUCAGAUGCUGCGUCAUGGACAAUUAUCAGUGCAGAUAAAAGUACUUACAGGUUUUGUGAAGGAGCUGGUCCAGUUCAAAGCAAAAUUGCUCCAGUUCCAUUUGUUUCUAAUUUGCAUUUAACCGGAGGGGGUGACGUUGUUACAAUGGAGGUCAAUGGUGAGAAAUUUACUUCAAACUUAAAAGUUUGGUUUGCAGAUGUUGAGGCUGAAACUAUGUAUAGAAGUAGCGAAACACUCAUUUGUCUAGUUCCUGAUGUUUCCUUGUUUAAAGAUCGAUGGAAAUAUAAGCAAUCGGAUUUUAGUGUGCCUGUUUCUUUAGUAAGAGAUGACGGCGUAAUAUAUCCUACGGAUUGUACGUUCACGUUUACUCCUGAACUUUAUUUUACCGAUGAAGCUGGUUUACAUGAAAGAAUAUCUCGCUAUGUUACUCCCACUAAACUGCUUUAAUUUGUGCAGAUUUUUUUUUUAUGACUUGUAACGAAAACUGUUGGCUUUGCUCUCUAUGAUUUUCUUUAGUUUUACGUUUUAGGAUGCAAAAAGAAAAUAUUAGCAUAGUUAGAUUUUAAAAUGACGCAAAUUAUGUAAAUAUGAAAAGAUGUUUUAUUUAUUUUUUUAUUAAGCGCAUUUACAAGCAUCAGAGUAAAAGUUUUUUUUAACCUUUAUUAUUGUAUAUUAUUGUGUGAGAAAAAGUUGUAGUUAUCGUAUUAUGUUAUGGUUGCACAUUUUGUAUUAUAAUAGCAUUCCUGCAUUAUGUUAUAUUUACAUUUUA